AUGUCUUCAGUUCUUUUACAUGCGAUUCCCGAACUGGCCAUAAUGCUUCUAAAAAUUUGUGCAUUCUUAUUCUAUUUGACAAUAUAUUCCGAAGCUGCAAAUAUACUUUAUGUGAUACCUUUUACUACAAAAUCCCAUUAUAUAACUCUCAGACCUAUAGGAUUAGAGUUGGCGCGACGGGGUCAUAAUGUCACGGUCAUAACAGCUCACAAAGAAAAUGAGCAUCCACCUAAUUAUCAUCAAGUUAUGGUGAAAGCUACAAAAAUAUGGGAAGCACUAGGAGGCAAGCCGCCCAAUGUUUUCUCCACAGUGGAUUUAAGUGCUGUGAAAUUUCACAACAAUGUUAUAUGGCCUGGUGGACUAGCCCUUACUGAAGAAGCUUUGCAAACACCGGCUGUGCAGGAAUUGUUAUCAAGUGAUGCUAAAUUCGAUCUGGUUAUAAGUGAACAAUUCUUUCAAGAAGCGUUUUAUGGCUUGGCUUAUAAAUAUAACGCACCUUUAGCGUUAGUGACAACAUUUGGCAAUUGCAUGAGACACAAUUUUGUAACUAGAAAUCCGUUGCAAUUAGCCACAGUGCCUUCUGAAUUAUUGGACGUCCAGGAACCCACCAGCUUCAGUGGUAGAUUGAAAAACUUUUACUUCACUGUUUAUGAACUGUUCUGGUGGAAAUUUUGGUAUUUGGAAAAACAAGAGCAUCUGAUGAAGAAAUACAUUCCGGGAUUACGAGAACCCAUUCCUAGUUUGUAUGAGAUCCAAAAGAAUACGUCCCUAAUGUUAGUUAACAGUCAUUUUAGUGUCGAUUCACCGAUGCCUUAUUUGCCUAAUAUCGUGGAAAUCGGUGGAGUACACAUCACAAAAAGUAAUAGCAGCCUUCCAAAGGAUUUACAAAAAUAUUUAGACGAUGCUGACGAUGGUUUUGUGUAUGUUAAUUUUGGCUCAAAUGUAAGAAGUAUUGAACUGCCCGAAGAGAAGAAGCAAGCUUUCCUUAAAGUGUUCAAGCGGUUGAAACGAACUGUGGUAUGGAAAUGGGAAGAUGAUAAUUUGGACCAGAAACCGGACAACGUUAUUGUUCGCAAAUGGUUGCCACAAAAAGAAAUACUUGCUCAUCCAAAUAUCAGAGUAUUUGUAUCACAUGGCGGACUUAUAGGCACGCAAGAAGCUUUAUACAAUGGAGUACCAAUUAUCGGCGUUCCAAUCUACGGGGACCAAUACAACAAUAUAUUGGCAUUAGAAGAAAUGGGCUAUGGAAAACUAUUACAAUAUAACGACAUAACCGAAGAAAGAAUGUAUGGUAUAAUCGCUGAGGUGCUGAACAAUGAAUCGUUUACAAAAACAGCAAAAGAAGUUUCUAGAAGAUUUUGGGAUAGGCCAAUGAAUGCUUUAGAUACAGCUAUGUAUUGGAUUGAAUAUAUUAUACGAAAUAACGGUGCUCCAUAUAUGAAAAGUCAAGCAAUCGAAUUGAGUUGGCUUAGUUUUUCAAUGCUGGAUGUGUAUAUAUUUAUAGGAUUUCUGGUUGUUAGUUCAAUUAUUUUUACCAUCAAAGUCAUUAAGAUUAUCAAUACAGUAUUAUGCUCUCGUAAAACAAUAGAUAAGAAAAAAAAGACAUAAUGCAAAUGAAAAUGAGACUUAUUCCCAGAUGGCUUAUGGUUGUAAUUAAAACUAAGCAUUAUUAGAAAGAAGUCAACAUUAAUCAAUAUGCUUUUGUUAUCAUUUCCAAUAUCAUGUUCAAAAGAGAUGAAAUAAAAGGGUAACAAAAAAAUGAAACCUUCUUGAUAACUAGAUUAUAAAAUA